CCUCCCCCUCCCACAGGAGUGGUGACUCACUCCUUCCAGCAGAUGCAGGUCCAGCAGCUGCUGCUGAAGAAGCAGGCGGCUGCAGCUGCGCAGCAGAAAGCCGUGCAGCCUCAGCAGGGCGCGGCCACCGUGCAGCAGAAGCUGGCCACGCAGCAGGUGACGGUGCAGACCCCUCAGCCCGCCCAGCAGCAGCAGAAGGUGACCUACUCCGGCAUCAAGACCCAGUUCUUCACCACCACCCUCGCCCAGGCGCAGAAGCCCGCGGGGGCCCAGCAGAUCCAGGUUGCGAAGCUUCCCCAGAUAAUGCAACAGCAACCCACUGUGGCCAAUAUCCAGCAGAUAGUGUCUGCAUCUCAGAUCCAAGCGCAGCCUCAGACGGUGUCCCUGUCUCAGACGGUGCCCUCCGCCCAGCAGCAGGUGCAGGUGAUCCCCGCCGCCACGGUGACGGCCCAGGUGGUCCAGCAGAAGCUGAUCCAGCAGCAGGUGGUGACGGCGGCGGCCGCCUCCCCGCAGAUCCAGACCCCGCCCCCCCACAGCCCGGCGCAGCAGCAGCCCGCGACGGCCUCCGCCGACUCGCCGGUGCAGCAGCAGGGCAAGGCGCAGGCCCGCUCUGGGGCCGCCAUGCGCGUCAAAGCCCCCGCCAAGCCCAGCGGCGGCAGCGGGGGGAGCUAGGCCGACCGGCGCGGUGCGGUCCCCACCAUGAAGCCUCCAGCCACAGAGCUUGUGUAUCUCUCUCUAUCUUUCUGUCUUUCAUCCCCUCUCUCUCACAACAUCACACACACACACACACACACGCUCACCAAGGUAUUUCUCUGAAAUACAGUGAA